CUAGAAGGAGCAAGAGAAUUAGGAAGCUGGAAAAUUUGCCAAAAAAAAAAAAAAAGAAGUAAAGCAGCACCCAGAAAAAGAUGAGUAAAGCUCAUUAGUGGAAGGGGAAACCAUGAGAAGGAAGUAGACUUGGGAGGAGAGGCAUAAAGACACAAAGGGAGGAUAGGUGGAGAAUCAAAAGGAGGUCAAACUAGAAGAUGACAAGGAAGUGACAAGAAGAAGCCUGCAGUGAAGGCGGGGAGAGCGAGCAACGGAUGGCAGCAAGUGCAGCUGGUUUGUAUUGAGGAGGUACUAAAGCCUCUGGCUUGUUUUCCUGCCGUGGUGGUACUAUUUCAGCUUGGCCCACAGGAUGAUGAAGAAGCAGUUUAACUGGAUGCGGCAACAGCUCAGUUACCCAAGUGGACGGGAGAAGAAUUCAUCAUCUCCCCAGGAUGGUUGGGGAUAUAACCUUGUGAACAUUAUUUCAACAAUGAACCAGCAAUUAAGAGGCCAAGAAACAGCGGAUUACUUGACUGAAGACUUGCUCCAGGUUGAACAGAGAAUUGAACCAGUCAAACGGGCAGCACACAAUGUGCACAAGAGGCUUGUGGCUUGCCUCCAGGGGCAAUAUGGGGCGGAACUGGACAAACGGGUGAAAAAAUUACCUUUGAUGGCAUUAUCAGUCACUAUGGCUGAAAGUUUUAAGGAAUUAGACACGGAUUCCAGUCUCGGGAAAGCUCUAGAAAUGAGUUGCUGCAUUCAAAGCAUGCUGGCCAGGAUCCUUGCAGAGUUUGAAAUUACUCUCGAACAAGAUGUCCUACAACCCCUGAAUAAACUGAGUGAGGAGGAGCUGCCUGUCAUCCUGAAACAUAAAAAGAACCUUCAGAAACAUAUUCUGGAUUGGAACAGCAUCAAAAGCCGUCUAAACCAAGUUGCCAAGAAUUCCAAUAACAGUGUCAGUGCUGUCACAACUUCAGGAGCCUCGUCAGCUGCCUUAAAGUUGGAGAAUCUGAAGGAGGAGGAAGAGGAGAUGAAGAGGAGGGUGGAGCAGAGUAAGGAUGAAUAUAUGGCUGAUUUAUAUCAUUUUUCAACCAAGGAGGACAGCUAUGCUAAGUACUUUAUCAAAUUGUUGGAAAUCCAGGCAGAAUAUCACCAGAAGUCUCUGGAAUCUCUAAAUUCCAGCUUGGCAGAGCUAAUGAGCUCUGACAACCAAACAGAUGCUCCUUUUCCAUUAGAUGCAGCUGUACCAGGGGUGUAUGGCAUGCCAUUAGAGACUCACCUGAAGGCUGCUGGGCGAGAGAUUGCACUUCCCAUUGAAGCCUGUGUUAUGAUGCUGUUGACCACAGGUAUGCGGGAAGAGGGGCUCUUCCGGCUGGCCGCUGGAGCUUCUGUGCUGAAGAAACUAAAAUACUAUCUUGACAGUGGCUCAAAUAUUCUGGAUGAAUUCUACGUAGACCCUCAUGCUGUGGCAGGUGCACUAAAAUGUUACCUACGAGAAUUGCCACAGCCGUUGAUGACCUCUGAACUCUAUGAUGAUUGGCUGAAAGCUGCCAGUGCCAAAGAACCAGAGGUUCGACUAGAGUGCCUCAAGGAUGUUUGUAAUCUUCUUCCCAAGGACAACUACAACAACAUGAGGUAUCUGAUUCGUUUUUUAGCCAAGCUGGCUGAACAACAGGAAGUGAAUAAAAUGUCCCCAAGCAACAUUGCCAUUGUCCUAGGACCCAACCUACUGUGGCCUCAGGAGAAUGAAAGGUCCCAAGUGCAGCUAGACAUGGCUUCUGUGUCCUCCAUUCAAGUUGUAGGAGUGGUGGAGCCUCUCAUACAAAAUGCUGAGAUCCUCUUUCCAGGAGAUAUCGACUUCAAUGUCUCCAGUCUGUUUACUCCUCCAUUAGACAUCAAAAACCAAAACAUCUCCACAACAGAAGAACCUACAGCCGUGUUUCUGCCUUUGGAAUCUAAUCCCCCUAUUCCUGAAGAAAGGAAAAAUGCUGAGGUUAUUCCAGAAACAGUGUCCUCAAAAGUGACCCAGUCAUCUACUGAAACAACAAUCUGCCCACCUACCUCUCUUUCUGCUGAUGAGACCUCACGAAAAACUAAGCGAGUGGCUCCACCCAGACCUACCGUGCCUCCACCCCACCCUCAAACCACGCCCCCUGUUCACCGGAACAUGGCUCCUCCUCCUCCUCCAGAGUCUCCCUCCAUCCCUAAAGCCUUGCCCCGAAGAACAGUAGGGGGACCAGCACGAGCCCCAGGUGUGCCACCACCACUCCCUCCCCAGCCUGCGAGGCGGCAGAGCCUCAAAGCUCUGCCAUCCCCCAGGCCUCCUUCAGAAGCUACGAACAAUAAGGCAGCUGCAGCUGAAGAGGAUUCUACUAAAGUCUGCAGUAGAGAAACACCCAAAGAUUCCGUCCAUACGAAGAAAGAAGCCAACGAAAGAAAGAACAGCUCUCCAGCUGCUGCUUCUCAGAAUGUAGAAGCUCCAGAGAAUGUCGAGCCCCCGGCUCUCCAGGCAUCUGAUUGGUACCGUUUCCUAAGCCCGUCAAGGGAACGGCGCGCUUCUGAUUGGCUGCGUCUCCGCGAGGAGGACGGGAGAGGGGGACGGGGGGUGGGUGGCGAGUGCAGUUCCAGCAUGGCGGGCUGCAAGCGGUUGAGCGGCGCUUGUCUGCGCGAGGUGCUGGACGAGGCGCAGGGGCUGCUCUUCGACUGCGACGGGGUCCUAUGGACCGGAGAGCGGGCGGUGCCCGGAGCGCCGGAGCUGAUGGAGCGCCUGAACCAGAACGGGAAGAUCACCCUGUUCGUGUCCAACAACAGCCGCCGCUCGGUGGCCGAGCUGGAGCGUCGCUUCUCCCGCCUGGGCUUCCGCGGCGUCCGCGGCGAGCAGGUGUUCAGCUCCGCUCUCUGCUCCGCUCUCUACCUCCGCAAGCGCCUUCUGGGCGGGGAAGCCGGAGACGGAGACUCGGCCGCCUCGACCCCGGGCCGGGUCUUCGUGCUGGGCGGGGAAGGGCUGCGCGGGGAGCUGCGCGACGCGGGGCUCCGCCUGACCGACGAAGAAGGGGACGGCGACGAAGAGCCUCCGGGCCAGGAGGGCCUCCCGGUGCGCGCUGUCGUCGUCGGCUACGACGACCAGUUCACCUUCGCUAAGCUCUCGGAGGCCUGCGCCUAUUUGCGCGACCCGCGGUGCCUGCUGGUAGCCACCGAUCCAGACCCCUGGCACCCGCUUAGCAGUGGGCAGCGCACCCCGGGGACAGGGAGUCUCACUGCUGCAGUUGAAACAGCCUCUGGCCGCAAAGCAACAGUAAUUGGAAAACCAAACACAUACAUGUUUGAAUGCAUUGUAGAGCGUUUUGGUGUAGAUCCAUCCCGCAUGCUUAUGGUGGGUGAUCGGCUGGAGACGGAUAUACUGUUUGGCAAGAACUGUGGCCUUGACACUGUCUUGACCCUGACAGGUGUCUCUCAUUUAGAAGAGGCACAGGCUUACAUGGCCAGUGACAGCCCUUCAGCUAAGGACCUGGUGCCUCACUACUAUGUGGACAGCAUUGCAGACUUGAUACCAGGCCUGGAUGAAUGAGGGGAGAAGUGGGUGGGUAACAGUCCUAUUUCCAUUCCAGACUGCCAACCUUUCCACUUCCUGUCUCCCCUCUUGAAUCUGGGCUCAUCACAUUCCAGUGUUUCUUCAAGAAUAAAGAGAGUGGGACUAAUUCCUCUCUCAUUCUUUAAGCUUGAUCAGUUUUAUUUUAGACACAGUAGGGGAGCAGGAAAUCUAAUGUGGGGGAAAAUAGGUUGUUUACAGGCCAAACUAGUAUUUAUUACUAUUUUUCAUCACAGUAACUAUUUAUUUAAGUUAUUUUUGUUUUACUCUAGCCAAUAGUGGUCUUCUUACUGUUGGCCGUUGCUUUACUUUGAAGCAUAGUGAUGUGCUUGAUGUGCUUUUAUAGUGUUUGUCCCCAGGCUUAAAUAUAACCACUGCCAUUCCAUGCCCAUUUUGGAGUUCUUCUCCAUGAACCUAAGCUGUGAAAAGGAAAUAUCAGGUACAUAUUCAGAAAAUAUGACAUUGAGCCUCCACAAAAUGGUCCUUUGGGUUUAUUCCUGUGGAUGUUUACGUAGUUGAAGUUCAUUCAAACAAUUUAGCUGAUCCAGGAGUCAUAAGAACUAAGACCUUGAAGCUAAAUACAGGAGCCACUCUAACAGAAUUGAGUAAAUUCCUCCACAGGAUCUGUUCCAAAGUGCUUUGUUUUGUGCAGGAAAGAAAAUGACAGCUGUCAAAAGGAACUCAAUGUCCAGACUAUAUAUUAAUGACUUAAAAUUUUAAUCCCCCUUUUCUGUCUUGAGUCUUAUCAAGUUAAACGUUUCUUUAAUCUAUCCAAUUUCAUUUUGGUAUAUGGAAUUGCUACUGUUGCAUCAAACUAAGUUGCAUACAAUAAUUUUUGUGCCACAGUGUUCAGCACUGAUUCACUUUAUUUUGGUAAUUCUCCUGUGGUCACAGCCUCCAGAUAUUCUUGCCUAAAAAAAACCAAGAACUUGAUUCCCCCCCGCUUUCCCCCCUUACCGGGCGAACUGAUAAAUUUCAUCAGUAAAUAUUUUAGCUCCUGCCUGUGCCUGAUACAAUACACCACUGUUCUAGAGGAGGGGUGAAUGUGUGUUUUCCCCCUGCCCUGCCAUGGUGUGCUUGACUUGUGGGAUAAUAACCAAUUUUGUUGUAUUUAAGUACAAUGAUAAUAAAGAAUAUACUUAUAAUGUUGGCAUUGCCAGUGGUAUCUAUGUGCCACGGUAGCCCCAGAUCAGUCCUUGCUAUUCUUCUAAUGAUUUAUUAUGUAUUUAUUAGUGUGUUUGUAUAAAUUAUGCUGAUCAAUUGUGCCAAAGUGGUAUGUUGCCUCUGGGCCUACUCACUAACUGUACCUCCAUGAUGUUGUGCUUUUUCUGACACUUGCUGUCAUUCUGCAUAUAAUAAAUUGCAGGCACCAGAUGAAA